AUGGACGCUGGCUUAUGCUCCUUAUGCGGGGAGGAGAGUUUUGGCACAGGAUCGAACCACAUUCGUGAAAAGGAUGGGCUCUGGGCCUUGCUUGCAUGGCUUUCCAUCUUAUCUGUUCGUCGUAGCCACGACCUUAAGACAGCAGAGGUCGAGGUCUUGAUGCGUGAGCAUUGGUCUCGAUUUGGUAGACAUUUCUUCACUCGUUAUGAUUUUGAAGAUUGCGAAUCAACUCAUGGUAAUGAGAUUAUGCGCCGCCUUGAUGCCCUUCUGGCUGACCCAAAGACGGUUGGGCGCAGUUACUCCAUCGACGGAAUUGAUUAUAGCAUUUCUAAAAUCGACAAUUAUACAUAUACAGAUCCAGUAGAUAAGACGGUGUCUAAGAACCAGCAUAAGAUCUUACAGUAUUAA